UUCGCCCUGGCCUGUCUGAUAGGCAUCACCCUCUGGAACGCAGCCGAGAUACUCCUCCGCGUCUGGUGGUCCCUCAGACAACGUGGAAGUCUGUACUUUUGGAGCAUCAUCACAGCCGCCCUCGGGAUCCUGAUCUGCGUCAUAUCACAGGUCAUCAAGCUGGAGGUGCCGAGUCAGAGCGGCUCCGUCGCGCUAGCCAUUGGAUCCGCGGGCUGGGUGCCAAUGGUAACGGGCCAGUCCGUCGUCCUAUACUCGCGACUCCACCUGCUCUGGGAUAAUGCACGCUUGCUGCGGUAUAUUCUAGCUAUUAUUCUCAUCAACGCCGUCAUUCUACAUAUCCCGACCAUUACUGUGGGUAUCGUGGCAGCAUCUACCGACAGUAGUCCGCAGAUCAUCAAGGCGUACACCAUCCUGGAGAGAGUACAAGUUACCAUAUUCUUCCUCCAAGAGCUGUGCCUCUCGGGCUUAUAUCUAUGGCGAUGCACCCACUUUCAAAAACAGUACGGCCGCCGGAUGGGGGCAAGCGACACCGCCGCCAUGACAAAGAUGCUCUGGUCUCUAAUCGCCAUCAACCUGGUCGUCACCAUGCUGGACUGCAGCGUGCUCGCCCUGGAGUACCUGAACCUCUACGUGGUUCAGCUGACCGCCAAGAACUUUGUCUACAGCGUCAAGCUCAAGAUGGAGCUGAGCGUGCUCAACAGCCUGCGGGAUUAUGUCCAG